AUGAACAUAAGAACUGCUGAAGAAGAAAGAAAAGAUGAAAGAGGCUAUUUAGAAGAACCAGGAGUGUACCUCGACCAUAAAUAUUAUAUUUACGCACUGAUAGUCCCCAUACUGUUUGGUACAAGGGCGAUUACUCUUGAGAAAACCCUUGCAGACCCUUAUUGGAUCUUUUGUAUUGAGAAUAUGUUCGUUCUUGUGAUAUGCCUAGGUCUUACGCUUUCGCUGUACUUCUAUAUUGGUUGCUCAAGGAUAUCAUUCAUUGAUUUCUGAUUCAAAUAUGUCACUAUAUUCAAGAUAAAAAGGGUCGUUCUGUUGGCGAUUAUUAGUGGAUUUUGACUAGCGGCUGGGAAUUUCCUCUUAAUCCUUGCGUUUAAUUUUAAUGAUAUGUCACAAGGAAGUUCAACCCCUCUUAGCUGAGUUUUAUUGGUGAGCACACUCAUUUGAUUAUGGUUUGGUAUUUAUUUCUUCAAUGAGCGUCAUGCAUACCGUCAAUAUUUGGGAGGAGCUAUCAUGCUGGCUGCAGCGGUACUCCUCACCACAGAAAGAGAUUUUGAAGUAGCUAUAGUUGUCUCAAUCUACAAAAAUGCUUAUUUCAUAAUUUCACUUGUGUUAGGCUUGAUCUCUUGUUUCUUUGUAUCAUGAGCUGUGAUCUGUGGAAAAUUUGCGAUGUUUCAUCACAAUGCAAAUCCUGUUGAGUUUGGUGUACUUUCAAUGACAUUCGCAAGUAUCAUCUCCCUUGCUACUCUUGUAAAGGUAAUCUUAUCAUCAGAAGAGUUCAUCACUGACCCAAAAACUAGCGGCUUCUUCACAGUAAUCAGGAUAGGUUUUCAAGCCUUAUUGUACUGAGUUGGAUACAUUAUAUUCUACAAAGCGGCAAAUCUCGGUACUAUUGGUAGCACUCAGUUGUUCUAUAACUGUAAAAUUGCAGUUGUCCUGAUAGAAGAGUUUCUAAUCGUAGGAAUUAUUCCUGGAGUCACAAGGUCCUCUAACCUGGUAUUUGAAUUGAUCUGCUUCGUGGCUCUCUUCGUGGGUGCCUUCCUCCUGGUCUUUGUUAAAGAGAAGAAAAGAACAAUUGAGGAUCUUUAUGAAGAACUUGCAGCAGAAGAAAGAGAUAAGAAGGAAGAAGAGGAAAGGAACAAGGUCUGUAUAUAAUCGUAAAAUUCCUUGUGCAAUCUUAGU